CUGGGUUUAAUAGAGAGAGUCCCCAUACGCUUGUAUUUAUCAGCAAUAUACAAUUAUAAAGGCCCAAAAUUUAAAAAAAAAAAAAGCAAAAUCUUCCCCUCCCAAAAUCGCUCCAUCACACAGACCUGGGGGGGGCAGGAGGGGGGGUCCCUUCCGAUCCUCCCUCCUGACGCCCCCCCAGCAGGCCCCCUCCCCCACCAUUGAAAGCCAUGAAUUUUGAAUUUGAGAGGGAGAUUGGGUUUAUAAACAGCCAGCCAUCGCUCGCCGAGUGUCUGACUUCCUUCCCCGCUGUCUUGGAGACAUUUCAAACUUCAUCAAUCAAGGAGUCGACAUUAAUUCCUCCUCCUCCUCCUUUCGAGCAAACCUUCCCCAGCCUCCAGCCCGGCGCCUCCACCCUUCAGAGACCCGGGAGCCAAAAGCGAGCUGAAGAUGGGCCCGCUCCGCCGCCGCCGCCGUUCCCCGCCGCCCCCCUGGCCCCUGAGUUCCCCUGGAUGAAAGAGAAGAAAUCCGCCAAGAAACCCAGCCAAUCCUCCACGUCUCCCCCGGCCGCCUCCUCCGUCCCGGCCUCCGGGGUCGGAUCGCCCGCAGAUGGGCCGGGCCUGCAGGAGGCCGCGGGCGGCGGGGCGCGCAGGCUGCGCACUGCUUACACCAACACGCAGCUGCUGGAGCUGGAGAAGGAAUUCCACUUUAACAAGUACCUGUGCCGGCCGCGCCGCGUGGAGAUAGCGGCCCUGCUGGACCUCACCGAGAGGCAGGUCAAAGUGUGGUUCCAGAAUAGGCGCAUGAAGCACAAGCGGCAGACGCAGCACCGAGAGCCGCCCGACGGGGAGCCAGCCUGCCCCGGCGCACCGAAGGACACCGGCGAGCCCGCCGAGGAGCCCGUGACCAGCCCGGGCCGCCCCACCGCCUCGCAGGCGGCGCGGGAAGCCUGCUGUCACCCGCCUGAGGUCGCGCCGGGGCCUCCGAGCGCCUCGGGGCCCCGGCCUUUGGCAGCUCGCGUGGAGGACGCGGGCGCGCGGAGGCCGGACGGCGCGCUGCGGUCGGAGCCGUUGCCAGAAGACGCCUUCCCGGAGCGGCAGGAUUCACCUUUCCUGCCCGACCUCAGCUUCUUCGCGGCCGACUCCUGUCUCCAGCUGUCCGGAGGCCUCUCCCCCAGCCUCCAGGGCUCGCUCGACAGCCCGGUUCCCUUCUCCGAGGAAGAGCUGGACUUCUUCACCAGCACCCUCUGUGCCAUCGACCUGCGGUUCUCCUAAUAACCCGCUUCCUCCUCCCGGCCCUCGACCCCCGCCCCCCUCGGCUGCCGAGGAUCCCCCUCCCCAACCUCCCCAAGCCGUGUAGACUUCUUUAUGUGUUUUGCUAAAAUUCAGGUAUUAUUGAAUUACCGUUUAAUCCACUUCCUUUCUUCUCUCUUUAAAAUAUUGGGCACUCGGGCGUCUUUUAAAAAUCACACAGAAAAAAUCCGUUUGGUAGAGUCCUUCCAACGAAAUCUCAGGAAUAAUUAAACUCUGGCGCGGGGGCAGGGGUGUGCUUUCUUAAAAGGAGCUAGAGGAACCUAUUUUCCUCUUUUUUUUUAAGUUUUAGAUCGUAGAUUAUUUAUUAAAAUUCUUUAAUAAUAGGAAAAGGGAAAAGUAUUUA